AUAGAGUUUCUGAAAACCCGAACUGGCGCGUACGUCCGAAGUGGGACGUCGGAAGUCGCCCUCGCCGUCGCGUUCAGGCGUGGCAUUGAAACACAUCGUUGAAGAUGUUGUGAAACAACAAAUCCAAGCACUGGCCGAAGAGCAGCAAGCCGUGCGUCAGGAGCUUCUAGGGGAGCUCCAGUUCAUCUCAGAGAUGGUCAAGUUGGGCCCUGGCAGGUCCACGGAACCCAAGGGCUCGUGGCCCCGGCGCUUACCCAAAGGCCAAUCCAAAGAGAGCGGAGCGAAUGUCUCCAACGAGCUGAUGGAGAGCUCCAGCGAAGUGGCCUCGGCGGUGCGCACGCCCGUGAUUCCCAAAGAAGACUUGGAGAAAGCCAUCUUAAGGCGACAGAUCAGCAGCGAUUUGGACGCGUCCCAAGUGCUGAACUCGAACCCCGUGCGCCGAAGCCGAGAGCUCCGUGCUAAGGGGCCAGCCCGGGUGGUGCCCGGGUGUGCGCCUGAGGCCGUGAUACCGGUGGCCAUUGACCCACCGCCCUUGGCCGACCCACCGCCAGUGGAACCACAGAAGCUACCGGAGAAAGCACAGACUGCUGCGUCAGGAAUGACGCUUGCACGAAGAGGCUCUACAGUCCACUGCUUGGCUCGAGAGCAAGAACACCGAAUCUUAGGUGCUGCAGCCGAGUCCGAGAUUUGCGAGAUCUUCACUGACAACAUCGGAGUACACCUUUGGCUGAACUUUAGUCAAACUCUUUGUGCUAUUAUUGUUCUGUUGAACGUCAGCCAGCUGGUGCUGGUGUUUGUGAUGUUCCACUUUGGCUGGCAUCACUCUGGAGAGCUAUGGACAACCCUUGCAACCUUGAUUUUCAGCACGGUAGCUGUUUUCCUGCUGAAGCUCGUCAAGAAGCUGCUGCAUUCUCGGGACUUGAACAUGGCCAUGCAGAACCUGGACACCUUCGUUCAAGACUGUGGUCACGGCUUGGACUGGGGAACUGAGGCCCGAAGACAACACUGCAGGUUUGUGGCCCUUUGGACCGUGAUGAUGUGUGCAUUCAUCGCUCAGCAGGUGCUCGAGACGUGGACUGCUCUUGGAAGCGACGUGAGAGCUGUGUACAUGCACGUGGCCCGUGAAGCUGUGACCAUUGUACUCUUUGCGGUGUCCAGUUGGGUGGCCAUGAAUGGAGCUUAUUUCCAAUUCAAUUUGCUGCUGGGGUUGGGAAAGACCUUGGAUUGCUGGUGUGGCGACAUGCUGGAAACGCAGAAUUUCAUUGGCGGCAUUUCUAGCUGGAACUCCUUGCAAGCAAUGCUCAAGUGUGUUGGCAGGGAAGUCACCUGGUGCUUCACAGUUUUGAUUUCGCUGGGCUACAUCGGCCUCUUCAUCUCUUUGGCGGCAUCUUUGAGCCUCUUCUUGGAGCCAGAUUUGGACAUAGGUUCAGUUCUUUUGUCCGAGUCAGCCUUGCUCCCCUUGAUGUACCUCUUCUUUUUGUCCGCUCGUCUGGUUGCACAAGGCGCACUGCUCAGUGAAAAAUGCCGACAGAUUCCCGCUUUUGUGAACCAGCUGCUCGCAGAUGAAAAUACCUCGGAGCAGUCUCCAAGCAGAUGCACCAGUGUGUGUGUGCUUCAAAGGACUGUAUUGACGGUCUUUGUUCUAAGUUUUAGGGCUUCUCACGUAUCCAUAGAUUGUCAUGAUUGUCAUUGACACAGUGAAUUCCAUGCACCUUACAACAUAUCACCAGAUGUGUGAUGUGUGUGUAAACCGUGGCAUCGGAGAACCUUCGAGGUUGCUUGGAGACCGUGUCGAUCUUCACCGCCAGUACUUAGUGCAUUUCAUCGCGGAUAGUUCGGCUGGCUUCAUCGUGCAUGGUGUCACCCUGUCACAAGCCGUCUUCUUGAGGCAGAUGCACUUCCUGACGGCCGUGUUCUCCGGAUUUGGAGGAUUGUUGGCUCGGCGCUAUCUUUGAACCGCCGACGAGUCCAGUCAGCCGACGUGGCAUCAACCCAAAGGAGGCCAUGUUGAGUUGUCUAUUACCAUUUUUUUGAAGGAGCUGCUGCGCUGUCGUUGUUCUGGCACACACACACAGAGUUAUGUUUCGAACAUAUUGUUCCAAAUGUUUCCUGCAACCUUUGUAUAGUGCUUUUUGGCCUUGCGUUUGGCAUUUGCACCGCACUCAAAAUCAAGUGAAGCUUAGUGGCAGCACGUUUCUUGGACGCAAGGGCAUUUGCGGCGUGUGUUUUGGGAUUUCGGCGGUCAGAAGGUCAAAAAGAUGACAACAUAAAACACACAACACCGGGAACGAUGUCGGACGACCUGGUCGAGUGGAUUCUGGUCGAGUGGUGGUUUUUCGUUUGAUCGCACCUGGAUGCGCACGGCCGCGACGCUCACGGCCGACACGUGGCAGCUUGUCGCGACGCAGGAGUAGAGAUUGCCAUUCUUCGCAAGCGUAUCUUGCGAGCCGCUAAGUCGGCCUACUCCGCGUACACAGCUGGAUAUUUAAAUCGAUACCUGGGCUGUAUGUAUCAAGACUAUCAAGUCUGCUCUUCAGCAUUUUCGCUUUCAGAAGUUUCCGUGCACCAUGCAAAGGGUUAAGCUUAUAAAGAAAGACUGAACUAUGAACCAUUAUGAACCCAAAUUUACGAAUCAGCCCAAACGAAAGCGUUCCUUCAAGCCAUGCACGCGCGGGUUGUUCGGAACGUCGGAUGUCUCAUCGUUCUCGCCGAAGUGUGAGAACACCAUCUCCGACUCGCCGGCGUGUUUGGUUCAUUGUGUUUUUUUUUCUCAACAUGUGGGUCACAUGUAACCCAGAUCAUGUGAUAUUUUCGGCUCUUUUCAUCAUGGAAAUGGGUCGCAAGGAAUCCGGCCACAGAAAAUAUCUGG